GCAGCGCAGAAUGAGCCACGUCACUCAAAAGCGGUGCCACAUCCCCGGGACUCUUACCUUUGCAGCAGCCCCCGAGUUGGUGCGCUCUGUCUGUCUGUCUCUCCGCGUUAAAAAAAAAACAAAAAGAGAGAUGAUCCUGAUGACUAUGAUCGCCCGGGUGGCGGACGGGCUGCCCCUUGCCGCCUCCAUGCAGGAGAACGAGCAGUCGGGCCGGAAUCUACAGGAAUAUCAAAACCAGGCCAAGCAGCUCUUCCGGAAGCUGACGGAACAUUCUCCGACACGAUGCACCCUGGAGACGGGACUUCUGAUGUUUCACUACCUGAUAGACCGAGGCGUCUGCUACCUGGUGCUGUGCGAGGGGAACUACUCCAAGAAGAUGGCCUAUGCCUUUCUGGAUGACCUGCAGGCGGAGUUCAGCGAGCUCUACAUUAAGAAGGUGGCCACCGUCUCCAGGCCCUACGUUUUCAUCGAAUUCGACACCUACAUUCAGAAGCUGAAGAAGUCGUACAGUGACUCGUGGUCCCGACGCAAACUGGGCUCCAUUAACAGCGAGCUUCACGAUGUCCAGAGGAUUAUGGUGACCAACAUCGAGGAGGUACUGCAGCGAGGGGAGGCGCUCUCGGCCCUGAACACCAAAGCGAGUAACCUGUCCAGCCUGUCCAAGAAAUACCAGCAUGAUGCCAAAGAGCUCAACUCCAGGUCACGCUUCACCAAGGUGGCAGCCACUGGCAUCUGCCUCUUCAUGGUGAUGCUUUACUUUUGGUGGUUGUGACCGGCAUCACUCAAGAUGGGUGGACGGACACGGCGGCAACUCUGGAACCAAGUAACAUGGACCUUUUAACCGGGAAAGUUCUGGAACACUAACAAACUGUACCGUCGACUGACAAUGUAAAAAUGACUCUAUUGUA